UACAUAAAUAUAUAGGGGUGGCCUUAUUGCAUCAUGUAUUGGCCUAUCGUUUUCGAUACCACUGUCGCCGUAUUGCCAACUGUCAAGUGCUUAUUUCUUUAUUCUUAUUUUCUACUGAUAUGUCCCCGUUGUUGUUUAAAAAUAUUUAGAUUACAAGAGAGUUAAUUGGUAAUCGGUAAAAUACCAUAUGAUUCCAGCUUAAUUAUCCAAAAGAAAAACACAACAGAGUACUUCAUAUAUAUGCUCGAUUAUUACAUUCUUAUCAUUUAGGAAAUGUGAGUGGCGGAAUUCAAGAGGCAUAUAUAAGAAGUUUUAAGUGGUCAAGUGAGUAUAAGAGUUCUUAUUACAAACUUGUUUAGAGAAAUGAACACUAUGACUUUGCAUUUUGAAGUCUUUAUCCUCUUGUUUGCGGGGACCUGCGUACUGGGUGCUCGGGAAACAAUACUUUUAAAGCUUUGGCGGCACCAGAUAGAGGUCGGAUUCAUGCAGCCCUUGCGCUUAAAGGAAGGAAACGAGUUUACGGUGACAUGUGAUGGAUCCCGUGUACCCGGUGGCGCUGAUCCACGCCUUCGCUGGUACGGCCCCGACAAACACUGGAUAGUAUACGAAGGACCACAUAACAGGGUGCACGUAGAACAUUCUUUCUCUGGUCGUUUCUUGCGACUCCACUUCCGGGAAGUUCUGCCGGAGGAUGCCGGGAAAUACGUGUGUCGCGGGUGGAUGGGUUAUUAUUGGGGCUGGCAAACAGCCGCCGUAACUGUCACUAUUUUGGCUCGUCCUACACGUCGACCACUGGUAAAAACGACGCAUGACGUCACAGAGCUGCGCACGGAAACCACGACGUCUCUGCGCACGGAAACUUCGACCUCUCUGCGCACGAAAACCACGACCUCUCUGCCGCCUGGAGAAGUGACUACUGAACAACCGGAGCCGAUAGUCUCUGUCACAAGCGGAAAUGAGGAGUGCAUAUCGCCGCGUUUCCAGUGCGGGAGUGGCGAGUGUUUCGAUGAGAGCUAUAGGUGUGAUGACUUUCCGGACUGCGUCGACGAAACUGACGAACAAAACUGCGCCUCCAGCAUAUGCAUUGAAGGAAUGAGGUCAUGUGCGGAUGGUGACGGUUGUGUGACGUCACAACAGUUGUGUGACGGUCAUCCACACUGCAGAGAUGGUUCUGACGAGUCGCCGUACUUUUGUGGAUAAUAGUGUUGAAAAUACAGACAUGUGCGGACUAUUUACUAACUAAUAUGCAUUGCAAGGUUGUUCCAUUCUAGUGUAUAAAACGAUUCUGUUGAAAGCGUCCGUGUCCAUGAUUUCUCGAUGUUUCAAUGCAUGUUUAUACUAGUAUCCGGUGAAUUUACAAUCAAGCAGACAUGUAUAUACUAGUAUCCGGUAAAUUUACAAUCAUGAAGAGAUGUAUAUACUAGUAUCCGGUGAAUUUACUAUCAUUAUGACAUUAAUAUACUAGUAUCCAGUAAAUUUACAAUCAUGACGAAAUGUAUAUAUACUAGUAUGCGGUGAAUUUACAAUCAUAAUGGCAUGUAUAUACUAGUAUCCAAUAAAUUUACAAUCAUGA